GCCAGAAUCUCCGCGAAAAAGCCCAGAAAAGUGAUUGUGGUGUGUCAAGCAGUAUUAUGUGCGUGCAAUUGUGCUGAAUUCGUGUGAAAAUGGACGCGUGAAGUGUGCGAAAAGUGACCCAGAGUGCCUGAGUGUGUUUGCGAAGGCAGAUUUUUUGUAUGCGAGAAAAAAUGGUGCCCUUACCGCAGCCUUUCGUGGAAUACGAUUUCUGGAAGCGCACCGGAAAUUCCACGGAUCCCAUUGAGCUGACAUGCCUGAUGCCCACGGGCAUCCUCAUACCACUCAUCACGCUGAGGAAUUCCACACUGCAAGACAUCAAAGAGGAAUUGUGGGAGAAGGCGGAGAAGUAUCCCUUCUAUGGCCACCUCAGGGACAAGUCCAUGUACGUGCUGUACGCCCUGUCGGAGUUCUCGAAGCCGGACGAGCUCACGGACGAGACGAAGAGGAUCUGCGACGUGAAGCCCUACUUCUGCAUCCUGAAGAUAUCCGAGAAGCAAAUCUCCACCAACAACACUCUCAACAAGAACAUCAACUAUCUCAUAGGAAAAGUGCCACACGAGUUCUCCAUGAAGAAUCCCGAGCUGAAUGACUUUCGCUACAAAAUGAGUCUUCUGUGUGAUCAAGUGUCGAGAAAGCGGCUGAAGAUGACUUGGACGGACAAGGUGAUGUAUCAAUUCCCACCGCGAUUGGCGUCCACUCGUGAGAUUCCGGAAACGGUGCGAGUGCGCUUUCGCAACGAUCACUUCGUGCUCGUGGCGAAGUUUGAGAAUCAGGAAGCGGAGACGUCUUUCACGUUCAGCGUGCGAUAUGACAUGACGCCACACAAGCUUCUCGACACCAUUCUCACGAAGAAGGCGCUCACGACGAACAAGCAGCUGAACAGGGAUCGCGUGAGCGACUACAUCCUGAAGGUGUGCGGACAAGAUGAGUUCCUCUUCGGCGAGCAUCCGCUCGUGCAAUUUCUCUAUAUACAAGACACUCUGUCGCGCAACGGCGUUCCAACUGUCGUGACGCAGUCCAUAAAGAAUUUAUCAGUGUUUGAGGACAUCAUUUACCAAACUCCGGAGUCUCUUGAGCGAAUGAACAGUAAAUCUCGCGCAACGCUUCAGCACCACAAUUCGACGACGACACUGCGCAAAAAGACAAAGCACACCCUCUCGUGGGACAUCAACGAGCGCUUCCAGUGCACAAUCAACCAGAUAAAGGAUCUCAACUGCGACACGAAUCGCACGGUGGAGGUGGGCAUUCAGGUGGGCCUCUUUCACGGCGGCAAAUCCCUGUGCGAGCCCAAGCAGACGAUGGAGAGGAUUCUCAACACCGAGGGCUGUGCGGAGUUCGAGGAGACGCUCACGUUCGACAUCUUCGUGUACAAUAUUCCUCGGAUGGCGCGACUGUGCAUGGUGGUGUACGAGACGGCGAAGAGCACGAAGGGUGGCGGCGUGCGAUCGCGCCGGAUAAAGGAUAUAAACAGGGACAUGUUCAUCAAUCCACUCGUGUGGGUCAACACCACAGUAUUCGACUACAAGCACCAGCUGAAGACGGGCGCCGUCACGCUGUACGCGUGGGCGUACGCUGAGGACUCGCAGUCGGACGAUCUACUGCACCCGCUGGGCACAGUGGAGCCCAAUCCGAGGAAUGACAAAUGCUCGGCGAUCACGAUGACUUUUUCCAACUACAGCACAGACAACACGAUCAUGUAUCCGUCGGAGGACAAGAUUCUGGAGCACGCGUCGCGUCUGGCGAAGCAGGACAAUUUGAACAGAGACAGCGCACAGGACACGCGCACGAUCAGGGAGAUCCUGUCGCCGUAUCUGAAGAACGAUCGGUUGCAUGAGAUGCACGAGCAGGAGAGGAAUGCCAUCUGGGCGAAGCGUUAUGAUUGCCUGCACGAUGAGGCGGAGGGAUUACCGUGUUUGCUCUUUUGUGUGGAGUGGAAUGAUAAGAAUGAGAUUUGCGAGAUCACGAGUCUGCUGAAGAAGUGGAAGUCUGUGUCGGUGGAGCGAGCGCUCGAGUUGCUGGACUACGCGUACGCUGAUCAGACGGUGAGGCGAUUCGCGGUGAAUUGCCUGCGACGCGUGAAGGACGAGGAACUGCUGCUGUACUUGCUGCAGCUGGUGCAGGCGAUGAAGCAUGAGUCGUACAUGUAUUCGGAUCUCGUGGAGUUUCUGCUGGAGCGUGCGCUGAGCAAUCAGCGCAUUGGGCAUUUCCUCUUCUGGCAUUUGCGAUCGGAAAUGCAAGUGCCAUCGGUUCAGAUACGUUUCGGCUUGAUACUAGAGGCUUAUCUCACGGGGAGUCAGGAGCACAUUCCGAUGUUGCUCAAGCAGAUGCAGUGUCUGGAGAAGCUGAAGGAGGCCUCGGAGUUGGCCAAGAAGGGCAACAGGGAGAAGGGCAGAGCGCUGCUGCAGGAGUUCUUUGGCGAUAAUCAUGUGUCAAAUACGAUUUCCAACGUUGUCAGUCCUCUCAAUCCCAGUUUUCGGUGCAAGGCUCUCAGAACGGACAAGUGCAAAGUGAUGGACUCUAAAAUGCGUCCUCUGUGGAUUGUUUUUGAGAAUGCGGACAUUCACGGAGAUGAUAUUUAUGUGAUUUUUAAGAAUGGUGAUGAUCUGCGGCAAGACAUGCUCACGCUCCAGAUGCUGAGGAUAAUGGACAGGAUAUGGAAGAGUCAUGGGUAUGACUUCAGGAUGAAUCCCUACAGCUGCAUCAGCAUGGAGAGGCGCCUGGGGAUGAUUGAGGUGGUGCUGAAUGCCGAGACUAUUGCCAACAUUCAGAAGGUGAAGGGAAUGUUCUCGGCGACGUCGCCGUUCAAGAAGGGCUCCUUGCUGACGUGGCUGAGAGAGCACAACACCACUGACGAAUCUCUGCAGCGAGCUAUCACGGAAUUCACGUACAGCUGCGCGGGAUACUGCGUGGCGACGUACGUUCUGGGUGUGGCGGAUCGCCACUCGGACAAUAUCAUGGUGAAGAGGACUGGGCAGCUGUUUCACAUUGACUUUGGCCACAUUCUGGGUCACUUCAAGGAGAAGUUCGGCUUCAGGCGAGAGCGAGUUCCCUUCGUGCUCACACAUGACUUUGUCUAUGUUAUCAACAACGGACGGACUGAUCGCGAGGCGGAUGAGUUCAGGACGUUUCAGAAUCUUUGUGAGACUGCAUUUCUUAUAUUAAGACAGCACGGAUGUUUAAUACUCUCAUUAUUUGCAAUGAUGAUCUCAACUGGACUACCAGAAUUGUCUUCAGAGAAGGAUUUAAAUUAUUUAAGAGAAACACUGGUUUUAGAUUUACCGGAAAAUGAAGCACGCGAGCAUUUUAGAUCAAAGUUUAGUGAAGCUCUGGCGAAUUCAUGGAAAACAUCCCUCAAUUGGGCAUCUCACAAUUUCUCCAAGAAUAAUAAGCAGUGACAAUAUUUUACUCUUUAAUGGACACAAGAAGGAAAGCAUUGUGAAUUGGGGGAGAGAAACAUUUGGAGAUACGAGUCGAAUAAGUGUAAUGUAUAAUUUUAAAUAAUUUUCACAUGGGCAUUGAAUGCGACUAAUUCACAACUAAUUUAAUUUCGUGCGAAAGAGUAUGCAAGUGCGAGAGAAAGAUGAAAUAAAAGUCUUUUCCA